AUGGGUCUCGCAGGUCCUAGGAUCCGGCGAAAGCUCCAGCACGAUCCGAAUAAUACGAAAUGGAGCCGUGACGAGACCACCUUCGGUCAGAAGAUUCUGCGAGCUCAAGGUUGGGAGCCGGGGAAGUUUCUAGGAGCGCAGAAUGCCUCACACUCUCAUUUACACACGGCUGCGAGCGCCGCCCCUAUAAAUGUCCUCCUAAAAGACGACACCAUGGGUUUAGGUGCGAAGCCCCGGCACAAACAAAACACCGAAUGCACUGGCCUUGAUGUCUUCAAAGAUCUCCUCGGCAGACUGAACGGGAAGUCCGAAGAGGUAAUUGAAAAAGAGAGGAAAGUGAAGUCAGAAGUUAAGACUUGCUUGUACGUAGAGAGGAAAUACGGCACCAUGAGAUUCGUCAGUGGAGGCCUCUUGGUUGGAGACCAGAUGGCAGGAUUGACCAGCACGACUACCAAAACCGAAACUCCUGCAGAGGAUAUAAAGGAAGAGGGUAUCAAGGAAGAGGAUAUCAAGGAGGAAUCAGUCACCUCGUUGGAGGAUGUCCCCGAUCGCCCCGUGAAGAAACAGAAGAAGGAAAAGAAAUCCAAGAAAAGGAAAGCAGAAGACGUUGAUUCUGCAGAUGAGCCCGACGCCACCACUGAAAAAAAGCGAAAGAAGCGGUCAAAGGAUAACACCUCACAGGAUGAUUCGGCCAGUACUGUAGAGGCUGAAGGCUCUAGUAAAAAGAAGAAAUCGAAGAAGUCCAAACAGAAAGAUACCGAAGGAUCAGAGCCACACGAGUCGGAGAAAAAGAAGAGCAAGAAAUCGAAGCAGGAUGCUGAGCGCGAGGUUGAGAGCGACGACACGCCUAUUCUGUCAGAAGAAACCCGGGUAGAAAAGUCUAAAUCUAAGAAAGAUAAGAAAGACAAGAAGGAAAGGCAUAGGAAGAAGGAUAAGAAGCAAAAACAAUCAAACACGUCGAAUUCAUUAACGGAUGCAUCUAUUUCGGCGGACACUUCAACUCCUGCGUCCGGCACUACCCCCCAAGAGAGUGGUGCGUCGACGCCCAUUGGGACGGGCACUUCAACUCCUCAACCCUUUUCUGCGCGACAUUUGGCUCGAUCCCGCCACAUCGCAUCGAAACGGAUGGCCAUAGCCGAUUUACAAGCAAUGAAUCAAAUUUUCAUGGUGAAACCGGUUUGA